ACACACGGCACGCACACACAGACGGCCCCAGAGCCGGUGCUCUUGUCUCUGCCCCCUGAAAGCCACAGCCUUUCCGUCCUCGCCUGAGGGGAGAGGAAAGAGCCAGGAAAGGAGAAGGUGGAAAAGAGGAGAGCCCAACUAGAAAGACAGACAGUCCUCUCUCUACCUCUUCCUCGGCUCCCUGGGAAGCUGAAGCUGCUACACACACACACACACACACACACACACACACACACACACACACACACACACACACCAAUCUUUCUUUCUUCCCCUGGAUAUAUCAGAGACUGAGCGAGGCGCCCCGGAGGACCGUGGCUUCUGGGCAGCGGAGCCUCCCCGGAGCGCCCCCAUUGGGAACGUACAUUUCAGCACUUCGGACAGCGCCCGAGGCUCCGGGGGCCUCUGGGCGGGACCAUGGCGAGCGUGCAGCAGGGUGAAAAACAGCUCUUUGAGAAGUUCUGGCAAGGGACCUUCAAAGCCGUGGCCACCCCCCGGCCCGAGAGCAUCAUCGUCGCUAGUAUCACCGCCCGCAAACCUCUCCCAAGCACUGAAACUCAGAGCUGUGUGGCAUAUCCAGCUGAGGAGGGACCCCCCAAAAAGCUAAGACAGCAUGCAACUCAGGAGGCCUCCAUUGCCAACGGCUGGGAGCAGGGAAAGGCUAGCCAGGAACUCACACCCACCAAGACACACAGUGCUUUCCGGGACAAGGACUUUACCCCACCGCCUUCCUCCAGGGGCAAGAAGAAAAAGAAGAAAUCGGCCCGGAAGAAGCGAAGGAGGUCCACUUCCUAUAGUCCAUCUCCAGUAAAAAAGAAGAAGAAGAAAAGUUCAAAGAAGCACAAGAGAAACAGGUGUUUCUCCAAGAAGAGAAGACAUAGCUCCUCAAGCCCCAAAAGCAAAAGAAAGAAAGAAAGAAAACACCAGAAACAAUCCCGAAGCCGACCUCGAAAAUCUCACCGCCAUCGUCACCGCCGCUGUCACUCUCGGUCCCCCAGCUCUGAGUCGCGCUCCUCCAGCGGCGAGAGCAGGCGCAGGGCCAAGUCCCCCGAAGAAGGUCCUAAAUCCAGGCGGAGGCGCCCACGGCCCUGCUCUAAGGCUAUCCAAAAGGGAACUGUGAGCCGUGGUGAGACCCGGUCUGGCCACCCCCCCAGCCAGUCCCUCCAGGUCUACAGCUUUCUCUCGGCCAAUGAAGUCAUUUCUCAGUCGGGGUCUUCCGUUGACCUCUUUACCAAAACAGUCAGCCCGCUUGGCAAUCUCGUGGCGCCCCGAGGAGGGUCCCAGGAAUACGACUCAGGAAACGACACUUCCUCCCCACCCUCCGCAAGGACCAGCUCCUCCAGCCCCCAGGAUGGCCAGGACAAAGGGAGCCCGGCCGGCCAGGAUGCGGCGGGUGAUAACAGCUCCGAUUCGGGGAAUUCCUUCACUACUUGUUCUUCCCAGACCAAGGGACCCAGUUUGGAAACUCUCUCUUCACAGCCCCAGGCCACGGACUCAAGAGGAUUCCAAUCACCAUGCCUCGGCUGCUCAGAAGUGAAGAAGCUGAGUCCUGCCCCCUCCCCUGCCCGGACCUCCCCACUGAGAGCCUGCUCCCAGGGUAGCUCCUACAGCAGCCCUGCCGUCCUCCCGGCCUCCAGUCACUCCUCCCCAUCACCAAAUCACAGGGGGGCCUUCCCCAGGUACACCCGAAGUCGCUCAAGCUCCUCAGGGAAGAGGUCCUACACCCGAUCUCCCAGCUACUCGUCCACAUCCGGCGGGCAGAGUCCAGUAAGCAGAAGCCCUCGGCCCCGACGGAGUCCCAGUUAUACCCGGUAUAGCCCUAGCAGAGACAGAGAACGAGACCACAAGUAUGGACCCAGUGAAAAGGAGACCCCUCGGGAACGAGAGAGGAGACGGCGGCGGUCUUACUCCCCCAUGAGGAAGCGCAGGAGGGAUUCCCCCAGCCACCUGGAGGCUCGUCGGAUCACAAGUGCCCGGAAACGUCCCAUCCCCUACUACCGUCCCAGCCCCUCCUCCUCCAGCAGCCUCAGCAGCUACUCCUCCUGGGACAGCAGCAGCAGCCGGAGCCGCAGUCGAAGUUACUCACGAAGCAGUAGCAGCAGCGGCCGCAGCCGAAGUAGCAGUGAGAGCAGCAGCAGCGACGGUGAUGGCGCCAGUGAACCUGGGAGCCACAGCAGGAGCUGGAGCCACAGCCAGAGUUAUGCCUCUGAGGGCAGCUACGAGAGCACAGGCCGUUAAGGGAGGCCUCCCAGCUGUGGCCUCAGGACUCUGGCCCCUUUCUUCGUACUGACAGAAGCCUUGUGUCCCGGGGAGGCUCUAGGUCCCCCACCCACCCCCACCC